AUGACCGAAGAUAAUAAGAUUCCUCGGCUUCAAGAUAGUCGUUAUCAUGUAAAUUUAAGCAAUUUAUCCAACCUUAAUUACGUUACGCCAACUUUUAAACCAUUAGACACAUUUUUAAUUUCAUCCUUUGUUUAUCUUGGAGAUACAGCAACAAUUUCAAGAGGAAAGGCUGCAAAUGCUCCGGCAAUUAUAGAAACUUGCAUCAGAGUUCCAUUUCGCCUUGUUUGCAGAGAAAUUUCAUAUCUGCAAGAUAAUUUAAAUAAAAUUAAUAACAUUGUUAAAAUUAAAACGCUAACACGCAACCAAGCACUUGGAGUUGUUUCAAUUGCAUACGAAGACUUUGAUUUUGUACCUUGGGAAACACCAAUUCCAACAGACAAACUUAUUCCACUCUUUGAAAUUCUAUUAACAACACUUUCCGCUAUCCAUUCAUUGAAAUUUUCACAUGGCUGUAUCUGCAGAUCGAGUAUCUUUAUUUCACCAGACUUUACAAAGCUUACAUUGGGAUGCUUCCAUGCUGCUGUUAAGUCUGGAGAUAUUGUUGCCUUUACUUAUGAUCAUCCAUGCAUGCCACAGAAUAAGUCCAAAACAGAUCCAAGAAAAGAUGAUGUAUACUCAGCUGCUCUUUGGUUUUUAUCAUAUUUCAAUGAUAAUCCAUAUGAUGCUCUUAAAAAUAUUGAAAAAUUACAAUUGCCAAAAGAAAUUGUUUCAGUUCUUCAACAAUUGACAGCUGAAAAAGAGAAUGAAAGACUUGAUGCUGAGAAGGCAGCUCAACUUGUUUCUGAAUACCUUAAAAAACCAAGUGAAUAA